UCGAGUUGCAGUGUGUAUCGUCUCUCUGUCUGUGUUCAUACAGUGAAAUGGCAGAAACUAAUAUAUCAGUGGAUCAGGACCAGUUAAUUUGUCCAGUGUGUCUGGAUCUGCUGAAGGAUCCAGUGAUGAUUCUCUGUGGACACAAUUACUGUAAGAAAUGCAUCACGGACAUCUGGGAUCAGGACGAUCAGAAGGGAAUCUACAGAUGUCCUUUAUGCAAACAGUCCUUCACGCCAAGACCUGUUUUAGGUAAAAACAUGAUGGUUGCUGAAAUGGUGGAGAAGCUCAAGAAGACGAGGCUCCAAGCUACUCCUCUUCCUGCUUCUUCUGCUGAUCCUCCUGCUGAUCCCCCUGCUUCUGUUCAUACUGGAUCUGGAGGUGUUCAGUGCGACUCCUGCACUGAAAUUAAACAGAAAGCAGUGAAAUCCUGUCUGGAGUGUCGAAGCUCUUACUGUCAAAAUCACCUUGAACAGCAUGAGAAUCUCUUCAAAGGUAAAAAACACAAUCUGAUGGACGCCACUGGACGACUGCAAGAGAUGAUCUGCCCUCGACAUCAUAAAAUGCUGGAAAUUUUCUGUCGUACUGACCAGCAGUGUAUCUGUAUGCUGUGUUUAGUGGACGAACACAAAAAUCAUGACACUGUAUCAACUGCAGCAGCGAGGACAGAGAAACAGAAACAUUUGGGGGAGACGCAGAUAAAACUUAACCAGAAAAUCCAGAAGAAAGACAAAGACAUUCAGGAGCUGAGGGAGGCUGUGGCGUCUCAUAAGCGCUCUGCACAGACAGCAGUGGAGGACAGUGAGAGGAUCUUCACUGAACUCAUCCGCUCCAUUGAGAAACGUCGCUCUGAGGUGAAUCAGCUGAUCAGAGAUCAGGAAAGAGCUGCAGUGAGUCGAGCCGAAAUAAAACUGGAGCGACUGGAGAAGGAAGUCAAUGAGCUGAGGAGGAAAGAAGCUGAGCUGAAGCAGCUUUCAGAGACACAGGAUCAUGUUCAUUUCCUCCAGAGUUUGUCGUCUGCCACUGUCUCUCUCUCUGGAUCUACAGACGGCUACAGUGUCAGUCCUCAUCUCUCUUUUGAUGAUGUAAUGAAAUCAGUUUUUCAACUCAGAGACAAACUGCAGCAGUUCUGCAGAGAGGAGACAGAAAAGAUAACUGAAAUAGUGAAAACCAUCCAGGUCAUUAUUGCUCCUGAACAUGAGACCAGAGCAGAGUUUCUACAAUAUUUCCAUCCAUUCACGUUGGAUUCGAACACAAUAUGUUCAAGUCUCCGUCUGUCUGAGGACAACACAGUGAUCACUUCCACCAGCUGUAAUUACAGAUAUCCCAAUCAUCCCGACAGAUUUGACUAUUGGAUAGAGGCGUUGUGUAUAGAGAGUGUCAGUGGACGCUGUUACUGGGAGGUUGAGUACGGCGGUAAUGAAGGUGUCCAUAUAGCAGUGGCAUAUAAGAGCAUCAAGAGGAAGGGAAAGAGUGGCAAUAGUCGAUUUGGGUAUAAUGAUCAGUCCUGGAGAUUGUACUGCUGUAACUCCAGUUGCUCAUUUAGACACAAUACCAUACGGACUGUACUCCCUGUGGUGUCCAGCCAUAAAAUAGGAGUGUAUUUGGAUCACAGCGCAGGAACGCUGUCAUUUUUAAGUGUCUCUGACACAAUAAGUCUCAUCCACAGAGUCCAGACCACAUUCACUCAGCCACUCUAUCCAGGGAUAGGAUUACAAAAUAACACAACAGUGAAACUGUGUCGUCUAAAUAUGUAAAUAAUAUUGCCAUAUCACAUCUAAGCAUUGUGAAACAGAAAAAAUGAGAUAUGUUGCUUAUUUUCUAAUUAUUUAACAGCUAAUAUCUCAGUUGUGAUAAUAGUUUUAGCAAAUUAAUCAAAAGAUGUUUAUGUAU